CCCUCCUGGUCCCCCCUCCUGGUCCCUCCUGGUCCCCCCUCCUGGUCCAGGUGUCCUGUCCCUUCCAGUCCUCUCCUCGGCUCCUCCAGUCCAGCGGGGGGCGCUGUUGGCGCCUCCGGGAGCGUGUUUCUCUUUGUUCUGCGCGCUGCUCCGCACCGGCUGCGUGCGGAGAAGCCGCAGAAUGUGCGCCGUGCAGCUGCUGCGGGCGUCGGUCCACCAGCGGAUGAGCGCCGCCGCUGAAGACUUUCUGCUGCGGCUGGAGGAAGGAGAAGAAGCGGCGGAGCUCGCGGCGCUGAGGGCGCUGCUCACCGAGCGGCUGGCGGCGGCUGCGGAGGAGAUCGUCGGUCUGUUCGAGGAGACCGUGGCGGAGUACGAAGACCGAGUGGAGCGAUCCGAGCGGGAGAUCUGCCGCCAGAGGAGGCUGCUCGAUGCCGUGCUGAAGCCCCAAGUCCGGCUGCACAGAGCCGCUCAGGCCCCGCUCAGCUCGCCGGGAGGACCCGGAGACAGCAGCGAGCGCACCUCCGCUGGCCUUCACAAUAAAAGCCUCUCCAGCCGAGAUGGACAAGACGCUCAAGCCGGUCCUCCAGAGAAAGAAGAAGAAGAAGAAGUGCCUCAGAACCCGGGUUCGUGUGGACCCCCCAUCAAAGAGGAGCAGCUUGAAGGUCUCCAUGAGGAUGAGAUCACCAAGUUCACCUUCAGUCCUGUGAAGACUGAGGAUGAGGAGGAGGAAGCUCAGUCCUCACAGCUUCAUCCCAGAGACUCAGAGAGGGGACAGGACUGUGGAGGACCAGGACCAGAACCAGGACCAGGACCAGGACUAGAUGGACAUUUGCAGCCUGUGAGUGAAGACAAUUCUCUGGAAUCGACUGAAACCGAUGACAGUGACUGUGACUGGACUCAAACUAAGGAGGACGUGAAGGACAGCGAUGUCCCCGAGAGCGACGCUGGCUCGUCCACCAAGGAGAGACCUUUCCCCUGCUCUUACUGCGGGAAACGAUUCAGCCUGAAGGGAAACCUGAACAGACACGUCCGAGACCACACGGGCGAGCGGCCGUUUCCCUGCACAGACUGUGAGAAAUCCUUCAAAGACAGCGGCUCGCUGACGGCUCACAUGCGGUGUCACACCGGAGAGCAGCCGUACAGCUGCUUGUUCUGCGGGAAGAGCUUCAGCGGGAGAGGAAACAUGACGAGACACAUGAGGAUCCACACGGGAGAGAAACCGUUCAGCUGCUCCGUGUGCAGCAAAAGCUUCCACGUGAAAGAGCAUCUGAACAGACACAUGAAGUAUCACACGGGGGAGAAACCGUUCAGCUGCUCCGUGUGUGGAAAAGGCUGCGCCCAGAAAACAGACUUGAAAAAACACAUGAGAGUCCACACAGGAGAGAAACCGUUCAGCUGCCCCUUCUGUGGGAAGUGCUGCGCUGAAAAAGGAGACCUGACCAAACACAUGAGAGUUCACACGGGGGAGAAACCGUUCAGCUGCAACGUCUGUGGGAAAAGCUGCGCCCAGAAAGGAAGCCUGAAGAUCCACAUGCGAGUCCACACCGGAGAGAAACCCUUCAGCUGCUCCGUCUGUGGGAAAUGUUUCACGGUGACGGGGCAUCUGAAGAGACACAUGAAGCUGCACGCAGCCGACAGUCAGACCGAGUCUGCAGAGUCCCAGGAGCCAGUGAACACAUCAUGACGCUCAUCGUGGGAAACAGGAGGCACAUGUGAACACACCGUCCUGAAAGAGAUCAGCCUCCAUGAACUUAUCGUGUUAAAGAUGAGGCCGAGCUGAGUGGAUUCACGCUUCAGCAGAUUCUGCUUCAUUAUUUAAAUCAUGAACUGAUCAAGAAUAAUAUCUGCUGCAAUUUAAAUCCAGAACCUGAAGCUCAUCGGUCGGUUUGUGUCAUGGUUCUUCAGAACUUCUGACCCAGAGCUGACGAGGCGUAAAAAAUGUUUCUGGAAUAUUUAAGUCGGAUAAUCUGCAGUUUGUCCCAGAGCUGAGUCUGUCAGGCUGUGAUUGGACGAUGUCUCUGGCUCCUGUGACUGGUUGGUUGCUUGAACUCAUCAUAAUUCACCUGUGAACUCAACAGGAGACGUUGCGUCUUUGUACAGAAACGUCUGUGGCGUUAUGGAAAAUUAACACUAAAGAAGAAGAAGACGUCCUGGAAACUUUCAGCUGCUCAUCAAAUGAGGAACUUAUUGAUAGAUUUAUUAUUAAAUUAUUGAUCAAAUGAAACAAAUGUUUAUGUUGAUGCAGACACACGAGCCAGUGUUACAAUAAAACAAGUCAUUUCCUGUCUGUUCUGAUGCAUAAAGUAAUAAUAUAAUAUUAUAAUGAUUGAGUUGAUCAGUGAGAAUGAAAUCAUGCUUUUUGUUUUCAAAGCACUGACUCUGAACUCUAUUAUGAAACCUGCUUCUUAUUUAAUGUGAACAUAAAUAAACUUCAUCACUACACGAUUCAUGGACUGGAACUGUCUUUCUGUUGCCACGGUUACCAAAGCGUUUGAGCCAGCGUUUUCACUUCUAACUGGACCAGAACGUCUUUGUGGGCGUCCAUCGUCCCUUUGAACCUUCACCCUGCAGCCAAAGACACGAACCUUUGUCAGCUUUGAUAAACUGGGUCCACACUUCGGAUCUUAGACCUGAAUCAAAGCUCCAGCUACUAAACUUUCCUCUCAGCAAAGAUCUGAAUCUAAAGUCACUGGAAAUAGUGUUCCCUGAUGUAAAUAGAAUCAACAAUGUGCGUACGUUUCUAUAUCAUUCAUUGUCAAAUUUCAAAUGUUCUGAAAGUAAUAGCCCACACUUUUAAAAUACC